AUGCCACCAAGGAGAGUCUUACGGACACGGACAGUUAAUCCACCCCCACCUCCACCGAUGCCUACAAACGAGGCUGAAUUAAAUGCACUAAUAGAACAGAGGAUCGCCCAAGCUAUCGCACUGUAUGAGGCAUCCCGUGUCGAACAAAGUGGUGGCACCGGCGGAUCGGGAGGCCAGGGUCAAGGCGGUAAUUCAGGUGGAACAAAUAAUACGGGGUGCACAUUCAAGCAGUUUCUGGACUGCAAGCCACUCAACUACGAUGGCACAGGCGGUGCUGUGGCUUACGUGAGAUGGACUGAGAAAACGGAUUCCACAAUCAGAAUGAGCAGAUGUUCCGCUAAUCAGCAAGUCACUUUCGUUACUGGCUUGUUUCUUAACGAGGCCCUUACAUGGUGGAACUUACAAGUGCAAACUUUGGGUGAUAACGCUGCUUAUGCGUUAACUUGGGAGGAACUGAAGGAACGUAUGAGGGAUAAGUACUGUUCUCGUGCUGAACUCCAGAAGUUGGAGAACGAGUUUUGGACCCUUACCAUGGUCGGAGCUGAUAUCACGGGAUAUACGCAAAGGUUUCACGAUCUGUCCCGCGUGAUUCCUUACCUUGUGACACCAGAAUACAAGCGUAUCGAACGCUACAUCUGGGGACUUUCUGACAAGAUUCGAAGUUUGGUUACUGCAGCUGAACCCACGACUAUUACUCAGGCUGUGACUAUAGCCGUGAGUCUUACUGAAGACGGGGUCAGGAUGAAAGUAUUCGGUGAGAAAGGUGACGAUAAAAAGGAAACACAUGCCGAGUCUUCCAACCGUGGGAAGAGGAAUUACUCGAAUUUCAAGAAGGGAACCCGCGCCACAAACGACACUGGUCCUAAGAAGUACGCUGGUACUUUACCUAAGUGUGAGCGAUGCAAAUAUCAUCACGUGGGUGAUUGUCGGGUUGUCAAGUGUGACAAGUGUGGCAAGAAUGGCCACCGUGCUGAAUCAUGUUGGGGAACGGGAAAUAAUACUGGAUCGGGAAGUGGAUUUGAUAACAAGAAUGGGAACGGGAAUGGUCGUGGUCAAGGAUGCUUUGGAUGCGGAAGCAAAGAUCACUACAAGAAAGAUUGUCCUAAAGAAAACCAAGCUCGUGGUCGAUCUUUUGUGAUUGGAGCCAAGGAUGCGCGCCAAGACCCUAAUGUGGUCACUGGCUUGGAACCUAGUAAGCUAGAUGUUCCAUAUUCUAUAGAAUUGGCUAACGGUAGACUAAUAGAGACGGGAGAAGUUGUUAAGGAGUGUACCUUAGAACUUGGUGAACAAAAAUUCAAUAUCGAUCUCUUACCCAUUGAAUUGGGUAGUUUCGACGUAGUGGUUGGCAUGGAUUGGCUAUCCAACAAUCGAGCCGAAGUCGUUUGCCACGAGAAGAUAAUUUGA